AUGUUGCCGGCAAACAGGCUGCGCCUGAUUCUUGGAAGAUGUCUCCACGGCGUGCCUCGGCCAGCGCCCGCCCCACUGGAAACAGAUGGGGAUUUGCAUGACUACAUUCUCAAAAACUACGUUCGCGAGGCUUCAACCAAUGAAAGACUGACUGAUCUGGUUUUGUCUGUUUCGUCCCUUGGGAUUGCAUCAAGGGAAGAUUGGUUGCGAUUGAAGAAGAUAUGUUUUGCUCACCUACCUGAUCUGUCGUGCCGUGGUGUCAACAGGAUCUUUGGAUUAUUGGUUGAGCACGAUGCAUGUGGGCAUGUGGAAUGUGUAAGGAUACAAGAUAAACUUGCUCAAAUGAACUUUUCAAAGUCUUUGAGAGAUCACGAGUGCUUACAAGCCCUUCGCAGUAUAAUCAAUGUUGGCUCUCGUCUAUCAUCUAGCUUUAUGCCCCACGCCUUAGAGGCCCUUCAGAAGUUAGUGAAGGACUCUCAGGCGGAACUCUUGCCGCAGCUCUCGUACACCCUUGGGAGAAUUAUCACUUCGAAGGAGAACAAAGGCAUACCGACUGAAGUUCAGAAUGCACUUUUCAGUGAAUUGCUGACAAGAGUGGAAUCGAUGGAUUAUAUGCUUCUUAGUCUGAGCGAAAUUGUCUACCUCUUUUGGGCCGUUACUGCUUUCUGCUCAUCCAUUUCAGCUGUCCGACCACGGUACCUGAGAGCUUCUGAAGCGAUUAUUACUAGAGGGAUUCAGAGAGAAGAAGUUAAAAACUUUCAACCCAGGGAUCUUCUGUUACUGCUUUGUAGUUUGUGUCCACUUUUUUCUCUUUCCAACGUGGGAAGCUUAGUGCUUCCCACGCAAGAAGAGGGAUUGCUGGUGGGUAUUGCCACAGACGGAUUUGUGCCUAACCAAUUCUCGGAAGGCUUCUAUGAGCAUCUCGUUGCCACACUUGAUGUGGUUGUAUUUUCUCUAGUGGAACGUGCUGCACGGGGGAAAAUGCAAAAUAGUCGUGUGGUUACUGUUGUGUUGGAGAUGAUUACCUGUUCUGGGGCCACAAAGGUGCUUAAAAAUGCUCAGAUACUACUUCACCUCCUCCUACGCAUACUUAUGUACGAUGGAAAGGACGCGUGGUUCACUACCCCAAAAAACCUUGAUACGUGCUCUGAGGGAGAGGUUCGGCCGCCAUUGGUGGACUCGUUUAUUUUUGAUGAACGGGUUGAUUUAUUGGAUAUUCUUACCACGCGUCUAAGUCCAUCCGUUGUGCCAUCCGUCGCAUUGCGCGGACUCGAGAGAGUCACUAUCAAGGAGAUAAUCGCAGUCAUUGAAGCGCUGGCUAAUGCUAACCUUUCAACUCGUUUCAAGAAUCUGUAUAUGGAGGGGUGUUUAAGAAAGUUGCCAAGAGCUCUCUCUGGGGCGUCACGGGAGGACUUCUUUCGCAUUGUAGAUGCAGUGGUGAAGCUGCGUGUUAAAGAUGGUGCAAUUUUGCGUGCCGUUCAGAAUAGGGGCCAAGAACUUGGUGUUGGUAACCCGUUGUUGGAAGAUGACAGUGUCAACGAAGGCGCAAGACACAAGCAGAAGUCACGAGGGCCCUCCAAAGAGGAUUGGGAUGCUGAUGAAAUCAGUCUUGUUAUCUGUGAAAAAGUGUUGAGCUUCUUGGAAGAAAAAAAACAAUGCGUAGACGAUGUUCCCGAGUUAUUAGAAACUCUAGGCUUGAGGAGGGGUCUGGGUAGUGCCAGAGUGGAGCAUUGUGUGCCGAUCAUCAAGGUGCUCUCUAAGUGUCACCGGCCUAUUAGCGAAGAAGAAUCGUACCGUAGGGUGCUGGGAUCUAUUUUUCGCCGAAUUGGGACAGAGCCUUCCCUUCGCCUAAUGCUAUCCCUUAUUACUAACGGAGCUAGAGCUGGUGUCGCUCGUUCUGCGCUGGUGGAUUCUAUUUCGUGGGUUGGUUCACGCCUGCUUGAGGGGGACCUGACAAAAACAGAGGUCAAGGAUGUGGCCACUUACAUCGUUGUGGCACAUGAGCUUGAUUGCUUGGAUACAGUUGACCAUCCACAUCUCAUUGGUUCACUUCACCGGAAGAACGCACUAGAUUCACUGUCUCCACACACAGCAGGUUAUCUUUUUGGGGCCCUAUGCGCACUUGGUGUAGAUGAUAGGCGGCUACUGAAACAGCUGCUGAAUGUAGUUCAGUUUUGGUGUUCAGAAGUGGUCAUGACGAAGGAGUGGACAGAAGAGGAUUGGAAAGCCUCAUUAGUUCUGGUUCAUGCGUUGUGGACUUCUUCUUCUGAGGUUGUGAAGGAGGAGUUACUCCAGGUUGCACAAGAGCUGGUUCCUGUUAUGCUCCGACAAGGAAUGGAAGACAUGAAGUGUGAAUAUUCGCUUAAUGUCGCUACAGCUGCAGCCACUGUCAUCAUUGGUAGUGACGGUGAUGGCAUUCCAGUGACGAGAUUUCAAGAAGGAACCCAUACAGAAUUCCAUACAAAAUUCCUUCAACUCGUGGCUUCACUCUUUUCGCAAGACGGACUAACUUUCUCAUUGAGUAAUGCAGGAGCGUUGCUUGGUACAGGGUCCGUGUUCCCCGUCAUUCACCAAUGCGACAAUGUUGUUUGCUCGAUGGUCAUAGCUCAUGCCGUUCAACGAGUCUCUCAGACAGGGAAUAUAUCUUCAAAAAGAUUAGCACCACUUGGGGUAAGCCUGUGGCGCUAUUGUUUGAGGCAUCUGGAGAAGGCGCAGACCGCCGAUAAUGCGUUGAUGACUGCGGUAGCAUUUGCAAUUCGAUUUGGUGCGAGCAGUCAAGCAUUUGACAGAUUCAUGUCAGCCUUGAUGGAGAAGGAAAACGGGACCAACAUGUUGGUGGUGUGUUCCAUUGCUGAUGGAUUGGUCCGAACAGGAAAGCGACGGUCUAUGGCAACGCAGUUCGUGGCAUAUUUUGCGCAGAAAAGCUGCCUGGAUAAACUACCGACUGUCGCGUUGCUGUCUUUGAUAAACUUCUUUACACGAGAUGCCGAGCGGGUUGCGCUUGGGCUGACGCGAGCAGAAAUGCUGACUGCCCUUGUGUGGUCCUCUUUGAGUUUGAAGAUAGAGCGGCUCCCUCACACACAUAAGUUGUGGGGACUGGUAGAAUCUGUUCCUUUAGAAUCGGCGCCGGUGCUGUUAAAACACAUUGGGGAGAGUAAAUUAAUCAGUGAAUCCUCACUGGUAGAGCUAGUGAAACCCAUUUCGCUCAUAGUGGCUUGGCGGCCUGAUGCAGCAACUGGUUCUGCCGUCGCAGAGUUUUUGCACAAGGUUAAGGCGUCCGUUGAUGAUCGUCAACGUCACUUACCAAAUGCGGAUCCGACCGCAGGCGAGCUUCAGCAGAUGAUUUCAAAACGUCUUCAGUAA